GUGAGUAUUUAUGAUUUUUGGACUGUUUGUCAGACAAAACAAAAAUUGAUGUUAAAAGAUUCUUUGACAUUUGACAGAACAAUUGAUAAUUAAAUUAAUUCUUAGAUAAUCCUUAUCUACAUAUAGUAAUUUACUUUAAUAGUAAUUUAUUUGAAGAGGUUUAAACAAACAGAAUGUCUCUGUUAGUUUUGCCACCAGAUAUCCACAGUGAUGAAGAUGCUGCUCAGCUGCUCUCUCUCCCUGCUGCUUGUGCUCAGCUGUCUGAGUGAACCUGUGGAGAGCCGCACUCUGCAUCUGGACAGCUGCUCUGUCAAUGUUCACACACACGAACUGCGCAAAUAUUACUCCACCAUACGUUCAGAUGUGCUAGCAGGAGACAAUGAGAUUGGAGUAAAACUUCUGGACAAAUCAUUGAUAAAGGAUGUUCAGGAGGGACAGACGUGCUGUUUCCUGCAUCUUCUGCUGCGUUUCUACGUUGAGAGAGUGUUCAGCAACUACGCCUCCUCAGAGCCACAGCAGCAACGAUGCUCCAGCGCCCUGGCCAACGCUUUUGUCAGCAUCAGAAGAGACAUACAUAAAUGUCACUGCCACUGUAGAGAAGAGACCCAGAGAACAAUUGACUCCCUCCAUGUUGCUUAUAUCAAGCUUCAAAUAAACCAGGCAGCACAGAAGGCCAUGGGCGAGCUGGACACCGUCCUGGAGUGGCUGGAGGGACUCGGCCAGAAAACAUGAUCAUGAUCCCACAGAAACUCAAAGAGCCUGACAUGACUUGUAAGCAAAGUGAAGAUUACAACUUUAACUUCACAUCUGUGCCAUUAUUAUAUUUUGUACUUGAAU